AUGGGUUUACUAGACAAACGGUGGGAAGAUCCGAGUUUCAAAACAUCUAUUAAGAAGUUGGUGGUAGGGAGUCCGAACCAGCGUAAUUGGCGCGGUAUCCUCAUCGCGUUACUGGUUAUUGUGUUGGUGCUAGCCCUAAUCGUGACAUCAGUGGUGCUGCUCACACCUCCCGAUGAAGGCCCGAGGGUUAAGGGGAGACGACUGAAAAUCCAGGAUCUGGUGACUGAUGAACUGGUGCCUGUUAGGUGGAAUGGAACUUGGAUUUCAGGGGAUGAAUUUGUUUACCGAGACCACUGGGGCGGGAUCAGCCUCAUGUUCGCAUCCAACCAGACUUCUAAGACCUUGAUGCCGAAUACUACCUUUAGGGUGCUGGAACCGACAUCUUUCACACUGUCUGCUGACCGACGAUUCCUACUCUUGGCACAGAAUCCACGAAAGCUACACAGACACUCCUAUUUAGCAAGAUAUACAGUCUACGAUAUACUAACUACAGAGUCGUAUCCACUUACCCCCCUACCAGAUGAAGUUGGAGGCGGAGUGAUCUCGGAAGGACCCCUUUUAAUCCUGGCCAUGUGGACUCCUAAAGGCCACGGUCUUAUCACAGUAAAGGACUACGACAUCUACUAUAGACCAGCUCCCAGGUCGUCGACUGGGUAUCGAGUUACAGAAACGGGGGUACCAGGAACUAUACAUAAUGGAGUCCCCGAUUGGUUAUAUGAAGAGGAAAUUCUGAAGUCUCGACAGGCGCUGUGGAUGUCAGCUGAUGGUCAUAUGAUGCUGUACGCCACUUUUAAUGACAGUUUAGUCCACGAGCAGAAGUACGCAUGGUACGGGACGGCUUUGGACACAGAUGACCCUUCAAAGACAUACCCGGAGAUAAGAAGCGUGAGGUACCCAAAACCUGGAACCAACAACCCCACAGUGAAACUAACAGUCGCCGAUAUUGCUGAUCCAAAACAUAUUAGGACACGACAUCUAUCUCCGCCGAAGGCUAUACUUGAGGAGGGUGACUACUACAUUACGAGCGCGCAGUGGGUCUCACUCACGGAGGUUUGUGUGGUGUGGUUGACGAGGCUCCAAAACCUCUCUGUGGUGUCCAUCUGCAAGAGUCCGAUGUGGUAUUGUCAAGAGGUAUACAGGAUAACCUCUGGUUCUGAAAGCUGGGUGGAAUCAGCGCCCACGCCACUUUGGUCCGCUGGAGGUGGUGCCUUAGUCACAUUAGCUCCAGUGCGAGAUGGCCCCGCUGGUCUUUUCCGUCACGUGGUGAGAUCGGAGCAUAACUCCCAUGGACCCAGAGCGCUACCUCUCACCCAUGGUAGCUUUGAUGUUGUCCGGCUCUUAGCCUGGGAUCAUGUUAAUCAGCAUGUAUAUUACCUUGGGAUCCCGGAAGGCAAGCCUGGACAACAGCACCUGUAUCGGGUAUCAUCAGAGCCACCACGGCCGGGAACUCCACAUAAGUUGCCUUAUUGUGUCACUUGCAUAUCACAUCCGCUACCAUCAAUUAAUCUGGAUUAUUACGGAAAUCUAGCAUCCUAUUUAUACAGCUCUUGGGAUAGCGAAUCGGACGAGGAGCUUCCCACUUCGCCUACUCCUAGCAAGAAGAAGAAGAAGAAAGUACCUACAGAGGGUAUUCCCCGAAACCUACCGUGCCUGUACCACGAUGCCCACUUCAGUCCAUCAUCAGCGUAUUUCGUACUGGAAUGCCUCGGUCCAGGUGUUCCUACUUCCAGCCUCCACAAAACUGCCCUUCCAGAGCCUAGACUGGUCAUGCAUCUAGAGAAUAAUACUGCUGUUAAGGAAAGACUGUCCGGUAUCGCAUUGCCAACACCAAGGACAUUUUCCGUCCAAUUAUCGAGUGGUAAUGCUGCGCGUGUCCGGUUAUUACUACCCCCAGGGUUGAGGGAAGAUGAGGUCACAAAGUACCCCUUAGUACUAAAAGUGCAUGGAGUACCAGGGACGCAGCUAGUCACGGAGAAAUGGGCAUUAGAUUGGGGCUCGUUAGCAUCAAGUGGCGGCGCGAUCCUGGCCAUGGUAGAUGCGCGAGGGGCUGGUGGAAGGGGCUUGGCAGCUCAUCACGCGUUACAUAAGCGACUGGGAACUGUUGAGCUGGCUGACCAGUUAGAAGUAUCUGAGUAUCUUCGUGAAUCUCUACAUUUCGUAGAUGCACGACGCGUAGCAGUGUGGGGAGAAGCCCAUGGUGGGUUCUUGGCUACGCUAGCCCUCGCCAGCUCACUAAAUGUCUUCCACUGCGCUAUCGCGAUUACGCCAAUUGUACGUUGGCGUUACUAUGCAUCAGCUUAUGCGGAACGCUAUAUGGGUUUCCCAAACGCAACGGGUAACUAUAGAGGUUACGCAGACGCUGACGUAACGAAGCAGGCGUUGGCUCUUCGUGACAAAAUGCUCUUGCUGGUCCACGGAACUGCUGAUGAUAACGUGCAUAUUCAGCAGACCAUGGCACUGGCGCGAGCGUUAUCGGACCAGGGUUCUAUGUUCAGGCAGCAGAUCUAUCCAGAUGAAGAAAGCAAGUUCCCCCAGAGACGAAGGCAGGUCUACGAAAUGGUGGAAACCUUGACUGAGGAACGUGGGGCGAGGAGGAGCUGUACUCUUGGUAACCUCAAAAAGGAAGACUUCGUGUUAUUUGAAAACCUGUAG